UAAACAUUGAACAUUUGUACAUUGUAUUGCAAAGUCCAUGGUUUGUGUUGUAGUUUACGCACGUGUUUUCAUUUGGAACUUGCAAUAAAGUUUAUUGUGAGGUGAGAAUGUUACUAGCCUAUUGUUUCUUUAUUGCCCAUUGACGACAAUUAACCAUUUCCGUGUGCAAGUUCAUAUGAUCAAAGUGUGAAAUCGUGUCAAAGAUAAGUCUGACGUUGAGGCAACAUGGCACUGGUACUAAUGGAGGAAUUCGGUGAGGUACCGGGAGAAGGACAUGUACAGAAAUGGAUCCUGAAAUCGUCCAACAUCACAGUGGAAAUCAUAACACUAGGGUGCAUCAUAACAGCCAUCAAGUGUAAAGGCAAGAAUGGAGAGGUCAAUGACAUCGUUCUGGGUUAUGAUGAUCUUGAGGGCUAUCUGGCCAACCCCAAGUACUUUGGUGCUGUUGUCGGCCGGGUAGCCAAUAGGAUCGCCAAGGGCAGAUUUGUGGUCGAUGGGAAGGAUUAUCAACUGGCCAUCAAUAAUGGACCUAACUCCCUCCAUGGAGGACUGAGGGGCUUCAGCAAGGUGAUAUGGGGAAGUGAGGGUGUGGAGGGCGGGGUGCGGCUCACCCUCACCAGCCCAGACGGAGACCAGAAUUACCCCGGGGAGGUGCAGGCCUCUGUCACCUACACCCUGGAGGGGGACACACUGAGCAUCCAGUACCAGGCCCGCUCCACUAGAACCACCCCCAUUAACCUCACCAACCACUCCUACUUCAACCUGGCUGGACAGGGCUCAGCUGACAUAUACGACCAUGAAGUGUCCAUCAACGCUCCAACAUAUCUGCCUGUAGAUGACGUCAUGAUCCCCACUGGCGAGGUCAGACCAGUGGAGCACACACCCUUUGACCUUCGGAGGCCAGUUCUGAUUGGCCCACGGCUGAAAGAAGUGCCUGGGCCUGGGUUCGACCACAACUUCUGCCUGUCAUCACCUGGAGAUGCUUGGACAGAGCGCAUGUGUGCAAGGGUAUUUCACCCAGCGAGUGGGUGUGUUAUGGAGGUCAGCACCACUCAGCCCGGCGUCCAGUUCUACACAGCCAACUUCUUGGAUGGCUCUUUUAAAGGAAAGGGUGGGGCCUCUUAUCCUAAACACAGUGCCUUCUGCCUGGAGACACAGAACUGGCCUGACGCUGUCAACCAGGCCUCGUUCCCCGAUGCUCUGCUGAGACCAGGGGAGCAGUACCUCCACGUCACCCGCUUCACCUUCUCCACCGCCUGAUGGAGAGAGGAGGGAGGGGUCAGCAUCAAGCAGGGAGAGACCAAUCAGAAUCCCAGCCACUGAUCAGAGCUGAUCCUUUGCUGAUGAAAGGAUGGAGCAACACGGAACAGGAGUUGUUUACACUCAAAUCAGAAGGUUGAUUUUGUAGUAUUCAAGAACCAAUCUGAGAUGGACAGGUAAUGAUUUUGAAAUGAAAAUGAUGAUGAUGAUGAUGAUGACAUGAUUAGAGGUGAUGAGUUCAUGAAGACACACAGGUACAGUACCAAUUUGACUCUCAAUUUCCUCCACAUUGCUUUGUUCCCCUCUUUACAGCUGGACUUUUACUGCAUUAAACAUUGUAAUAUCCACUACCAUUUGAAGUUGGCUUUGGGCCCUGUUCGAAUUAGGCUUUAAACUCACAUAAAUAGUACAGUACAUGCAUAAGUCAAUUAGUUUCCACUUUCCUUUUGUUGUUGGGUAGACAGGGUCUCUUUUGCUCCAUUACUCACUCUUACGGUUGUGGCCCAAAAUAUUGUCACCCUUGGACUUUUUUUCCCUAUUUCUUCUCAAAUAAUUUUACAUUUAAAAUAACUUUUGAUAACUGCCAACAAAUGCUUAUUGUAGCCAUCAAUGAGCUUGCUGCACCUUUCUACUGGCAAUUUGGCUCAAUCUUCAGCAGAAAACUGUUCUAAUUCUUCUAUGUUUGAGGGGUGCCCUCCACCAACUGCUGUUUUCAGCUCUCGCCAUAGGUUAUGGAUGUGAUUCAGACCUCAUCUCUUCGCUGGCCGCUCUAGAACAGUCCAUUGUUUCUUCUUAACCAUUCCAUGGUGUUGUUGAUGUGUGUUUAUGGCCGUUGUCCUUCUGGAAGACCCACAACCUUCGACAGAGUAUGUUUUUGGACCCUGGGUCGAACAUUGGUAAUCUGCUGAUUUCAUGAUACUGUGUCUUGCACACAUUCAAGUCCCCCAGUACCAGAGACAGCAAAGCACCCCACAGCAUUAUCAAACCUCCCCCAUGUUUGUUUGUAGGGAGUGUGUUAUUUUCAUUGUAUGCUUCAUUUGGUCAUAGGUAAAAAUAGGAAGACUAAACUGCUGAAGGAAACACAAGAUAGCCUGAUUUAAUUUCUCAAAAACCCAUCUCAACAAGCCUUAAUCCUGUGGAAGAUGUUCUGUGGACAAAUGAAACGAAAUUAAAGCUCUUUGGCAAUACAGAUCAGUGCUGUGUUUAUUGACUACCAAAUUAAGCAUUCAAUGAAAAGAACACAAUUAAAGAUGAGGGUGGUUUGAUAAUGCUGUGGGUUUGCUUUGCUGCCUCUGGUACUGGAGGCCUUGAAAGUGCGCAUGGCAUCAUGAAAUCAGCAUAUUAUCAGGUGUUUGAGUCCAAUGUUCAACCCAGCGUCCAAAAACUGAAGAGUGGGCCAAAUUGCCAGUAGAAAGGUGCAACAAGCUCAUUGAUGGCUACAAUAAGCAUUUGUUGGCAGUUAUCUUGGCCAAAGGCGGUGCAACCAAGUACUGGCUCCAGGGUGCCAAUAAUUUUGUCCAUGCCAUUUGUCUUUAUUUUCUAAAUUAUUUUGAAACUUAAGUUAGCAAAAAUAAAUUUGGUUUUGCAAUGUUGAAAAUCCAAUAACAAGGUGUGGUGACAAAGUUUUAUUUAAAUGUAAUUUUUUUGAGAAGAAAUAGGGAAUUAUUUAGGAAAAGUGCAAGGGUGACAAUUUAUUUGGCAGCUACUGUAUGUAUUCAACUCCCUGGAAUGUAUUAAUUGUGUAUCUCAUUGGUAUUCACUGGAGUGAUCUUUGAUUAUGGGACUCAAUAUUGGACUCUAAAACACCCAUUAUAUUAUGUCUUCUACCUUGACGUACAGUGCCUUCAGAAAGUAUUCACAACCCUUGACUUUUUGUUGUGUUACAACCUGAAUUUAACAUUGAUUAAA